AGAUUAAACUCGGACUCAGGUGACCUGGAGAGUGGACCAUUGCGUGAAGCUGGGCGGUUGACUUGUCGUUCAAGGGCUCAGAGCCCGUGUGUAGUCAGGUGGACGCGGCUCUCUCUGUACAUAUAUAGCUGGUGAAUUGGUGAUCCUGAAUGGCAGGACCUUAUCACCAUGCGCGCGCGAGCACAAAGGCUUAUCUGUUCGUCUGUUAAUACACCAAUGCCCUUCUUCUCCAUGGCCAUCAGGAGCGGAGCUAACAUUUGGGCUGGCUGGGCGGCCACCCAACCUUACCGGCGACUAGCAGCACAUCGUAGAAGCUUACUCCAACUACCAUACUUAUCUUUCAGAUUUUCGCCACAAAUAAAAUGCCCAGGUGUCUGGAGAUCGAGAGCCCGUUCUUCUACCUCCCACGAUAACGGAGCUCCUCCGGUAACUGCAACGGAACCUGAAGCACAAGACGAGGUGCUGCUAGAGUCUCCGGCGCAGUUCCGCAUCUACAAGAGCGGGAAGAUAGACCGCCUAAACGAACGGACUCUCUCGCCCACUGGCCUGGACGAGGCCACCGGCGUCACCUCCAAGGACGUCGUCCUCGACGCAGACACCGGCGUCUCCGUCCGCCUUUACCUUCCCAUGCUCAAAGAACCGGCGGCCUCCACGAAGCUCCCGGUCCUCGUCUACUUCCACGGCGGCGCUUUCCUCAUCGGGUCGGCCGGCGACGCCACGUACCACAGCUACGUCAACGCGCUCGCCGCGGCGGCGGGCGUCCUCGUGGUGUCCGCGGACUACCGCCUCGCCCCGGAGCACCCGCUCCCCGCGGCCUACGACGAUUCAUGGGCCGCCCUCCAAUGGGCCGCCGUGUCCGCGCAGGACGACUGGAUUACCCAAUACGGGGACACGUCCCGGCUGUUCCUCGCCGGCGACAGCGCCGGUGCCAACAUCGUGCACGACAUGCUCAUGAGGGCGGCCUCCGACAACGACGGCGGUGAGCCAAGAAUCGAGGGCGCGAUACUGCUGCACCCGUGGUUCAGCGGGAGCACGGCGAUCGAGGGGGAGCCCCCGGCCGCGGCCAUGAUCACGGGGAUGCUUUGGUCCUACGCGUGCCCGGGAGCAGUUGGCGGCGCGGACGACCCGAGGAUGAACCCGCUGGCGCCGGGCGCGCCGGCGCUGGAGAAGCUCGGGUGCGUGAGGAUGCUCGUCACGGCGGGGCUCAAGGACGGGCUCGCCGCGCGGGACCGCGCGUACUACGACGCGUUGGUCGCCAGCGGGUGGCGCGGGGACGCGGCGUGGCUGGAGUCGGAGGGGGAAGGUCACGUCUUCUUCCUGGAAAAGCCCGGGUGCGAGAAUGCCAAGCAGCUCAUGGACCGCGUCGUUGCGUUCAUAGCCGGGUCCUGAAUGCCUGCCUGAUCGAGUUGAUCACUUGAUCUGCGUGAGAGCGGGGUGAAUAAAAAUAGGCCAUGGCGGAUCGGAUGUAAGCUUUUCUUUGAACUAGCAGCAGGAACCCGUGCAUUGCGCGCGGACUUUUAUAUGCUGCUGUAUUUAUGCCUUCUGCGUAUCUAUUUUUUCAGAAAGAUUUCUGCGUAUCUAUCCGGAUGUGGUUAUGUCUCAGUGGUCCUGUUUUUAAGGAAUGGUUUAAAUCUAGUCGACGCGUUGGAUUAA